GCUGCUGAAGAUCACGAAUGGUGGUGGAGGUAUGUAUCAUGCUGAACAGAAUAUUUUUCGUUCUGUAAUAGAUGUUGACUGAUCAUGCCUUUUUUUCACUUAUUUUCUUGUUCUGUUAGAGGGCAUAGUUUAUUUUGAUCUAUUUACAAGUUGAAUUAGUUGUAGUUAUGCAUGUUAGUGCUACGGCAUUAGAAAUUGCAGCCAGAGUCGUACUAAAUGCCCAUUAGAUUUUCCCUUUGAUAGAUCACAUGGUAAGUUGUUUGCUGUGAUUCAUGCCGAGUCUUUUACCUAAAUGGUUUGGUAAUUCAGUUGAGACUGUUGUGUUCUUCCUUCCUGUAGCUGAAAGCAAUGGCAAAACAAAGAUUCCUAUUGGGACUGAAGAGAUGUAUUUCUUAAUUGUUAUUGUCAGGGGUUUAAACCACAAUGACAAAAAUUUGUAUCUAAUGGUCAAUGUUUGGGUCAUUGCAGAAAGGAAAGUACUCAUUCCAGUGUUAUGAGCUCAGUUAAAGUUUCAAGUACUAGCAGAUUUGCUUAGAGUAGUAUGUUAAAGUUCGUAAGAGGCUUUGAUUAACAAGUCUGGGUAGGGGUUAAAGUAAGGCAUGAAAAUCUGUGAAUUGUGCAUCAGUAAAUUGCAGAACUUGGAUUUUAAGUAGGGCUGACUAGAAACAAUGAUGGUGCACAAACACAUUAGCCUUAAUACGUGGCCGGCUGCAACCGAGGGAUGGAUUGUUUCUUCAUAUCAAAAUGCCACAAAUGUUUGUAUUAUGGUUUGCAGAUUACACUCGGAUUCUAAUGAAUACAGAUAUGUUGUGAUUUUUGUGUUUGGUUUUGCAAAAUAAUAAGCUUAGAUUGUUUAAGGACACAUAUGAUAUCUCGGUCUCAGAAAACUGCCCUUUUUAGAGAUUUCAUGUGCUUGGUCCAGCCGUCUACUUAUAUACGUUUGGUUGUUAACUUCAGGUCUUUCCUUUGUGGUGGAUCCACUGGUUUGUUCAUCUACAGUUAUUGCUUGUAUUACUACUAUGCUCGAUCAGAUAUGUCGGGAUUUAUGCAAACCUCAUUUUUCUUUGGGUACAUGGCUUGCAUCUGCUACGGUUUCUUUCUUAUGCUUGGGACCGUUGGUUUCCGUGCGGCUUUGUUCUUUGUACGUCACAUAUACCGCUCAAUCAAGUGCGAGUAGAGUCAGAUGGUUGGUCGUCUAUGUGAAGAAGCGUUGUUCAGGUGCACCGUUCGAAGAAAGUGCAUUUUACACGAUUCACAGAUUUUGGUUAGUUUCAGUGGAUAAAAUGGACCAAAUAGGAUGUGGAAAGCACGCUCCCCCUUGUGUUUGUGACUCGAUACUUGAUGAUAACGUAGUUUAGAUUUACUUCUAAAAACUCCUUUUUGGUUUUUUAUAGUAUGCAUAGCUCAUAUGAACAUUAUUGGCACAUUAAGUGUGCAUCUCUGCAGUUUUUCUUAUCUAUAUUAAGUUUUCGUUCGAGCUAUGCAUUGUUGAAGUGUAUGCCCACUAACGAGGAGACUAGGUAGAUGCAAAAGUGUUUAAGCCUUCAAGAACUAGAAGGCUACUAAGUAGAUCCUAUGUCACCAUUAAAAACUCAAUUUCUUUUAAUUUUUACUUGGAUUCUGAUAAACUUACUACUUGUUUG